ACCACCCUUGAAGAGAUACUGCUGCCCGCAAUGGCCUCUCAUCAACUUGCCAUUGCGAAGGCCUCUUUCUCCGCGGGGCUUUUACGCCCAGACCCUACGUCUGUCCCGCGCGACGAGAUUACAGCAUUCCAUACCUCACUCGACAGGGCGCUAUCGCAUUGCUCCCCAGCAAACAUCCAGACCUGUAAAGAAUGGCUUCUCAAUUACGUCGUCUCGUCGUCUAAUCGGGUAAAUGUUUGGGCCAAAUACCUGGUUGCGCUAUCCAGUUCAUUCAGCGAGGACGGAGAGCAACCGCAAGCCAAGCCGCAGCAGACCCAGUCCGCUUCCAUGAAAAGGAAAAGGUUGCACAUACUAUACCUGCUGAAUGAUUUAUUCCAUCAUACCAAGUAUCAUCUGGAUUCGACUGCCGCAUUUUCCACCUUUACUGGUUCAUCACAGCCGUACAUUGUGGAGUUGCUAGGCUACGCUGCUUCCUACGACCGAGAGAAGAACCCGAAACACCAUCGACGACUGGAUGCACUGUUGGAUAUUUGGGAUCAGCAUGGCUACUACGGCAGUGAUUAUGUCAACAAACUGCGGGAGGUGGUCAAGAACUCCGCAUUGUCGGGCCCUGUCAAGGCAUCCAUUGACGUCGAAGAAAGUAACACAGACUCUGCGAACCGACUUCCGAGCAAGGAUGUACCAUUUACCAUGCCAUCCACCCAUGGGGACCCGUCUACUCCUUACUAUGACCUUCCCGCUGGUAACCUUGUCCCUCACAUCAUCCCGGACUCAACUGCGCCUCUUCGUCCGGAUUCGGUCAAACCACUGCAAUUCCUGGCUGGGCCAGCGGAUGACAAGCUGGUAGACGCGUUAAAAGCGUUUCUAAAAGACGUUGAUCAGAUUUAUGGAGCCGAUAAACCAGAGCCCAAGGGAGAUGAGAUAGUCGAUAUAGACGAGCUAGGCCAGACAGUCAUUCGUGACGGGAUUACAGGCGACAUUCUCGAUAGUGAUACAUACUAUGGCUGGUCCCGAGGAUUCUGCCAACGGAUGAAGAGAAGCUCAAAAUCCGGCUCUCGAAGCCGGAGCCAAAGCCCUCACAAGAGAAGGCGUUACAGCGAUAGCCUCAGCGACGAUAGCAGACGGAGCAGAUCAAGGUCACGGACUCGCACACCACCUCGUAGAUUUGGCCGAUACGACUCUCGUUCACGCUCUGUUUCUCAAUCGCGAUCACGUUCCAGGGAGCGAUCUUAUUCCCCUCGCCCUCCAUCACCACCACGGAGUAUGCCCCCAGCACACCACCACAACCAGUUCAACAACGGGGUGCCUCCAGGCUUCCCCCCGCCGCCACUGCCAAUGCAUUUCCCACCGGGACCACCCGCAUUUUCUCAGGGUAUGCCAGGAGCACCUCCACCUCCACCUAAUUAUCAGGGGCAAUGGCCACCCCCGCCCCCACCUCUGCCAAAAUACGGCCCUUCCAACUUUCCACCCCCGUUCCAACCACAAGGUGGGCAGUUUCCUCAGCAAUUCCCCCCAGUACAUGUACCACAGGGACAGCAGAUGCCGCCGGGGUCUUAUCACUUCCCUCCGCCUCACUCUGGGAGAGGCUGGAACCAGCAUGGCUACCCGCCUGGCCGUGGAUGGAGAUAGAAAUGUUAUGUAUAAUAAGAUACUAAAAUGAUAAUCU